CCGCAUUCUUUAAUUGAAAAUCCAUCGCCACACGUUCAAAAUCACAAUGGAAAUAAGCAACGAUGAAUGCUGCUUCCGUUUCUGCUUCCUUCCCGCCUGCUUUUCCGGCCUCAGGAGGCUUUCUCCGGCGAUUCCUCCGCCACAAUCUGGUUUCCGCUAAGCCCCUCCGACUCCCCCGAGUUAUUAAUGAUUCGAGUAGGAGUGAGGUAUCCCUUGAUCAAGCCGUCGAUAAAUCGGAAGCAGAUAAGCUUGUUGAUAGCAUGGAUUUUGGUGAACUAUGCAAUGAAUUUGAAUGCACUAGUAGCCCUUUGGUAGAAUCCACUGCCCGGCAACUUGUUCGUGACAUCCUCGAACUCAGAGAAGGAAACCGUGCCUUUGGAUGCUAUGCAGUUUCCGUAAAAUACAAGGAUUCAGUUAGAAGUUUUACUGGACGCGAGAAGUAUAAGAGACCGCUAUGGAUAACCAGUGCUUUGGAGAGUCCAAGUGUGACGGUACAAGAGAUGGUCAUGUUAUCAACUAGCAUCUUGCGUAUUAGAUGGACGACCAAAGGAAAACCUAAAUCGGUUCUUGCUGCUAUAGGGGGAGGUCUCAUAAUCAAAAUCGAAUCUGUAUUCACUCUUAACCAGAUCAGUGGUCAAGUGAUUGAACAUGAAGAAUCGUGGGAGUUGUCUGCAUCCUCCCCUGUUGCUCGAGCAUAUUUCUGGACAUCCCGUCGUCUUUUUGCUGCUACGGAGUCUGCAAAAGACUUGGUUGACCUUACCAAGAACCUGUCGACUAAUGUUGCAACUCGAAGAGAGGACACAGAGACGUAUCCAGAUCCGACCGAUCCAACCAAGUUUUUCCAAAGGGACGAGAGUUUCAUGAGUGAUGCGUAUCAGAUUGCGCUGCUUCUGGCUGUUUUGUAUUUUGUUGUUCAGUUUUUGAGGACGACCCUCUAAACUACGACAUGUGUUCAUAUACAUACAUACAUAUGAAUAUAUAGACAUACAUGUACUGUACACAUACCAAAGUCCCCCUGUACCUAUAUAUAUAUAGUGUGUGUGUAUAUAUAUAUGUGCGUGUGUGUGUGUGUCCCCAAGUGUAUACCGCAAAGUUGUGCUUGAAGACAUUACAUUUCACCACAUAAGUGAAGUCAGACAAGUGCGUCUUGGCGAUGGUGUUGGUAA